AUGUUGGGAGCUGGGUUUCAUCUGACUAAGCUGCAGAAAGCUCAGAGCAACGCCUCACAUAACAGAUCAAUCAACACUCAGGAACUCCACGCCUCUACCACUUCAUCUUCAAGUAAUGUGGAACGGUUUUUGGAGUCGGUCACACCAUCAGUCCCUGUUCACUAUCUUCCCAAGACGAUGGUAAAGGAAAGGAGAGGCAGUGAUGUUGAGCUGCAGAUUCCUCCUUACUUUGUUCUUGGUGAUGUAUGGGAAUCUUUUGCUGAGUGGAGUGCUUACGGCACUGGAGUUCCUCUUACAUUGAACAACAGCAGUUAUAAAGAUCGAGUCAUUCAAUAUUACGUUCCUUCUCUCUCUGCCAUCCAAAUCUAUUCUGAUUCUCAUGCCUUAAGCUCAAGGCGUCCAGGUGAGGAGAGUGACAGUGAUUUCAAGGAUUCAAGCAGUGAAGGAAGCAGCAGUGAGUCAGAAAGGGGACUCUCGUCAAUAAAGGAGCAUCUGGAAGAUUCGUCUAGUGAUGAUGGAGAGCCUUUGAGAAGCUCUCAAGGUCGUUUGAUAUUUGAGUAUCUUGAACGUGAUCUUCCUUACAUCCGUGAAACCUUUGCCGACAAGAUGUCUGACCUUGCCUCUAAAUUCCCGGAGCUGAAAACUCUGAGAAGCUGUGAUUUACUACCUUCAAGCUGGUUCUCUGUUGCAUGGUACCCAAUUUACAAAAUACCAACAGGACCAACACUCAAGGAUCUGGAUGCUUGCUUCUUGACGUAUCAUUCCCUUCACACUCCCUUUCAAGGUGCAGACGUUACAGCACAAUCUAUAUGUGAGGUGCAGCCAAGGGAGAAUGUUGAGAAGACGUUUCUGCCUGUCUUUGGCCUCGCUUCAUACAAGCUGAGAGGCUCUGUAUGGACAAGUACCAAGGGCUCUGGUCACCAGCUCGUGAGCUCCCUUUUCAAAGCCGCAGACAAUUGGCUAACGUUGCGCCAUGUUAACCAUCCUGAUUUCAUCUUCUUCUGCCGUUGA